AUGGGAAAUCGUCGCCAAAAAUCGCUGUCCAAGUCCAUACAGUCUGCGUUGACUCGCGACCCAGACCGCUUCAAGAAGUCUGCCCUCGGCAAGUUAGUAGCCUUCUUUUCUGUGUAUCGCAUAAAGCUUGUCCGCCAUGAGAAAAUACUCUUUGAUCAACUGCGCCAGGAUGUUUGGCAGUUUGAUGAUCAUGAUUAUAAGGGGAGUUUUCAUACAACAAGAGGUCAACCGCCAUUGAAGACGAUGGGCGACUUGGGCUACUCAGGCUCGACAUUUUUCUCAACUCUGGAUGCACAUUUCCUUGUGAAAAGCCUGCCACGACAUUUUGAAUAUUCGUUCUUCGAAGGGGAUCUUCUUCGGCCAUACUUUGAAUAUAUGUCCCAGCAUCCAGACUCAUUGCUGGUGUGGAUUACCGACUAUAUCAUCGCACCUUACAUUACUCUCGGCACCAUCUUCGGCUGUACUCCAGCUCGUCAUUUAAUCAUGGAGAACGCCCUCUCUGGUAAAGAUGAAGAUCCAGCGGCUGAACAAUGGGAGACGUAUGACUUGAAACCCCUCAACUACUUUUUCCCCGAGCGAGACUUACUACCAGAGCCCCUUGUGAGUGAAGAAACCCUUGGAAAGUUGGCAGAUACCUUCAACGACAAACUCCACCUGUGGCAGGCGGACUCCGAGAAAUUUUGGAAGUCAAUCGAAGACGAUACCAAAUUUCUUGAACAAGCCAACGCGGUAGACUACUCGCUAUUCCUAGUACGAAUACCUGCCUCUUCCGCGCCUAAAAUUCAAGGACGAGCAAGCCCUUGGAGGAUAGGACUGUUAUCUGCCGAUGGACGCUGGAAGUAUCGCGCAGCCAUCCUCGACUUCUUUUAUGCGCGGCACAAGUUACAAGCACAGGCACUUUCAGGUGUGGUACAGACAUUCAAUGUCAUUGGUAGACAAGGUCCCAUGACAAUCACAACCACUGCGAGUGAUUAUCGUGAGAAAUUCCUGGCUAUGAUCACAGACCUCGUUGAGGUUCACUGA